GGUGCCGGGGGCUGCUCCAGGGAGGCAAGGACGGAGGGGCAUCCCAGGUCUCCGCGACGUGGCCUGCGCUGUGCCCAGCGAGGGGUGACCCGGGGCCACGCGGGCUUGAGGGGAAACAAUAGCGACUCCUUAGAUCCUGGGCUCCUGCCACGGGCAGCCCGGGCUUUCCCGGGAGACCAGCCGGGCUUCUUUUCUUAUUUGGCUAAUUUAUGGCGGGAGGCUGGGGGCGGAGGGAUGACAGAGGAGGGACCGCGUCUAGAGACAGGGGGCGAGGGGGCGGCAGUUAAAGGAGUCUCCCGAGGCGGCGGCCCUGGUGAUGUCAGCUCUCGACGAAAAUAGAGAGGGAUCGCCUGCAAAUCCCCAGCUCCGGCGGGGCUAAACCUUGCAAUCCCUCCCCGGCCGGCGCCGAGCCAGGGUGCAGGGGCCUCCACCGCCUCCCCUGGCGCGCACACACACACCGCACACGCGCGCACGCACGCACCCACUCCCUUGCACACCCACCGCACACACUCGCCGCCCUCCCCCCUGCCACCGUCCUCCUCCGCCACGCGGCGAGCCCCGCAGCAAACACAGGUGGCCGCGGCUGCACGCCGUCCAGCGCCCCCUCCUGCAGCCCGAGGGCGGCGCUCUCUCGGGGAAGCCACCCUCCAAGCACCCCCACUCCCCCGCCCUCCAUCCAGAGCACCCAGCCAAGCGACACCGAGGCCGGCGGAGGGAGCGCGGGACGCCCGCGGCGGAGAGCAGGGACGCGGCUUAGAGCCGGCUGGAGCCUCCUGCGCGCGUUGAGGCGCUAAAGGGCUUACCCAGGAGGGGGGUGGAAGGGCGGGGAGAGGCUCCCCCCUUAAAUACUGCGCUCGGCUGCACUCGUGCGCUCACCCCGGCUCCCGCUCACUCCACGCCCGCCGCUGCCGGAUUGUGCCGAAGAGGAGGGGGCGUUACCCCAGGACAUGGCAUCCACUGAAGGUGCCAACAACAUGCCCAAGCAGGUGGAAGUACGGAUGCACGACAGCCACCUGAGUGCGGAGGAGCCAAAGCCACGGCAUCUGGGGCUGCGCUUGUGCGACAAGCUGGGGAAGAAUCUCCUGCUCACCCUGACUGUGUUCGGUGUCAUCCUGGGGGCAGUAUGUGGAGGACUUCUUCGCUUGGCAUCUCCUAUCCACCCAGAUGUGGUUAUGUUAAUAGCCUUCCCAGGGGAUAUACUCAUGAGGAUGCUGAAAAUGCUCAUUCUCCCUCUCAUCAUCUCCAGUUUAAUCACAGGGUUGUCAGGCCUGGAUGCUAAAGCCAGCGGCCGCUUAGGCACGAGAGCUAUGGUGUACUACAUGUCCACAACCAUCAUUGCUGCGGUGUUGGGGGUCAUCCUUGUCCUGGCCAUCCACCCAGGGAACCCCAAACUCAAGAAGCAACUGGGGCCUGGGAAGAAGAACGAUGAAGUGUCCAGUUUAGAUGCCUUUUUGGACCUUAUUCGGAAUCUUUUCCCUGAAAACCUUGUCCAAGCCUGUUUUCAGCAGAUCCAAACAGUGACGAAGAAAGUCCUGGUGGCCCCCCCAUCAGACGAGGAUGGCAAUGCCACCAACGCUGUCCUCUCACUGUUAAAUGAGACUGUGACCGAGGUUCCGGAGGAGACCCAGGUGGUCAUCAAGAAGGGCCUGGAGUUCAAGGACGGCAUGAACGUCUUAGGUCUGAUAGGGUUUUUCAUUGCUUUUGGCAUUGCCAUGGGGAAGAUGGGUGAGCAGGCCAAGUUGAUGGUGGAAUUCUUCAACAUUUUGAAUGAAAUUGUAAUGAAGUUAGUGAUCAUGAUCAUGUGGUAUUCUCCCCUGGGUAUUGCCUGCCUAAUCUGUGGGAAGAUCAUUGCAAUCAAGGACUUAGAAGUGGUUGCUAGGCAACUGGGGAUGUACAUGAUCACGGUGAUUGUCGGCCUCAUCAUCCAUGGGGGGAUCUUUCUCCCCUUGAUUUACUUUCUAGUGACCAGGAAAAACCCUUUCUCCUUUUUUGCUGGCAUUUUCCAAGCUUGGAUCACUGCCCUGGGUACCGCUUCCAGUGCUGGAACUUUGCCCGUCACCUUCCGCUGCUUGGAAGAAAAUCUGGGGAUUGAUAAGCGUGUGACUAGAUUUGUCCUGCCAGUCGGAGCAACCAUUAACAUGGAUGGUACGGCCCUUUAUGAAGCGGUGGCUGCCAUCUUUAUAGCCCAAAUGAAUGGCGUCGUCCUAGACGGAGGCCAGAUUGUGACCGUAAGCCUCACGGCCACACUGGCCAGCGUUGGUGCAGCCAGUAUUCCCAGCGCUGGGCUGGUCACCAUGCUCCUUAUCCUGACGGCUGUAGGCCUGCCGACCGAGGACAUCAGCCUGCUGGUGGCUGUGGACUGGCUGCUGGACAGAAUGAGAACGUCUGUCAAUGUUGUGGGUGACUCUUUUGGGGCUGGGAUUGUCUAUCACCUCUCCAAGUCUGAGCUGGACACCAUUGACUCUCAGCACCGAGUGCAUGAAGAUAUCGAAAUGACCAAGACUCAGUCCAUUUAUGAUGACUUGAAGAACCAUAGGGAGAGCAACUCAAACCAGUGUGUCUAUGCCGCACACAACUCAGUCAUAGUAGAUGAGUGCAAGGUUACUCUGGCAGCCAAUGGAAAGUCAGCCGACUGCAGUGUUGAGGAAGAACCUUGGAAACAUGAAAAAUAAGGAUAUGACUCUCAGCAAAUUCUUGAAUAAACCCCCCAACGUAUCUUAUGGUAAAAGAGGAUAUAAACAAGCUUUCUUUAAAAAGAAAAAAAAUACAUCUAUUUCUGUUUACUUAAUCUAUUAGCUGAGGCUUAGAGGAUCUGUUGUGAGUCAGUGACAGGCACGGUGCUGUGUGUCAUUGCCAAAUAAUGCUUCGUAAAUGUCUCAUUUUCUCACUUGUAUUAUUGUUUGGAUGCUGCUGGAGGAAUCAGUUUGAAUUGAAGACGUAUUCUUGCCAGCUUCCCUUUUCUCUCAAGAUGCAGAAGCGUGGGUGCUCUCUUUUCCAGGAGACACAACUAAAGGCAUGUGGCACAUUCUGGGGAUUUGGAAUAAUGAGCACACACUUGGUGUGUUACUCUUUGCAGUGUUCUCCAGCCUCACCUGGUAGCACACAAGAGAUCCUCUUACAGCCUUUGUAAGAAAUCCCCUUCAACGUCUUAGAGCGUUUGCCCUUGUGUUGGUGAAAAGAAAGUACCCAUCUUAGGGAACUCUGACAGUUUCUCUUCUGUUGAAUUUCUCUCUUUAAGUUGAAUGACUAAAUGUUUCAAAGAGAGUCACAUUUGGAGCCAUAUCUUAAAAGCAGCCUAUUACGGAACCCGCUGAGUCUCUGCCCUACCCCACGUAGUCUAUGGGAAUAAUUGUUGAAUUUCAAAGUAUGUUUCAUAACUUGCUCUAAAUUUGGUAAUGGAUUAGGGUGUAGCUUACAUAGAAUUGCUGUGUAUAUUGACAACACUUAGAGAGCACAGUCAACACAAAUUUUAACCAGAUUCAAAUUUGUUUGUGUUUGGGUUACAUCACCUUGUAUAGUGAAAUCAAGUGAGAUUAUUUGCUCUAUGUUUCACUGUCUUUGUUUUGUCCAUAAAAUUCUUAUUUGGGUUUCUACCUUAAAAAAAAGACAUUCUUCAUCUCCAAAUUAUUUCUGUCAUAUUCUCAUCAGGCUAAAAGACUUAAUCAUUUUACUGUCCUCACAGAUGGAAAACAGUUAUGUUGGCUGUGGCUCUUCUAAUACUAAUCUCAUGAUAAAAGCAAAACCAAAACACGAUUAGUCAUCUAAUAUGUAGAAAGCUUUUUGUUAUAUUUUAUCAAAGCACCUAAAACCAAUUACAGGGCAUAGUUGAAAGCAGAACCCAUCUUCCUCCCCAGUGUUCUCUGUGGAAAGAACCAGAAAACAAACAUAUGUGCGAAAUCCUAUAAAGGUGACAUUUCUACAGCAAAGUCAAGGCAGCCUUGAACCAUAGAGGAGGGGAAAAGGGUGGCUUUACGGAACUUCACAGACGGAAUCUUUUCCAAGCUGUGGAAGUUUGCGGGGAUACGUAAUAUAAUACUGGAGUAACUCAUCAGUGCCUUGCAUGCUGGAGGCAUCUCCAAGCUGCGUUUUCCAGUGUCUGUACUAUCAUUGUCUACUGAAUAACCCACAGUAUUUUCGUAAGGUGACUCUAAGGAAUGUUGCAAACCUUGGUCCAAUGUGGGAGCAGGGUGGUCAUCUGAGGCCAGCAGAUGUGUACUGAGAUAUUCAUGGAUAGUUGUAGAGUCCAAGUUUUCACAGGAGAAGGUGUGUAUGGACAUCACAUGCCCUUCAUUACCUACUCCUUGUGACCUUACUCUUUCAUGUAGGGAAACUUUGAAACACACAAGAGACAUGAGAGUCUAGUAGUUUUGUCUCUUAACCCUAGUUGGUUUCUUUUUUUUAAUAACAAUCACUAUUGACCAGUAUUAAGUAGCUCUUUGCUUUAAAAAAAAAUAAUGCAUUGGUCUUCAUUUUCAUUAGAUGGACAGUUAAGAGGGUGGCCAAGGGCUUGCUGAAAUGUAGUAGUGGCAAAUGCAUCCUUUAUAGUAGACGUCAUGGGUUGUAGGGAUGGUUCCUGGAUUUAACUGUGAAACUGUUAAGGAGUCUCUUUAAGUCGGGCUUCCAAGGGCAUUUUUUAUGGUGAGGAGAAGAAUGUAGCUGUCCAUCUAGGAACUGGUGGUUUUGUUGUUUAAGGCCAGCUUAGCGCUUGAACAUACCGACAGGCUGCUCAAAGGAGCAGUCUCAAGAUUGUCUUCCAAAGAUUCUGCCUGAAAGUCUUCCAUGACUGCUUGUCUUCAGUUUUUUCCUAGUUAUUGAGUUAGCCUAUAUAUAUAUAUAUAUAUAUAUAAGGGGACAGUGUAUUCAGAAGAAACUAGUUGCUCAGCUUAACAAAGCGGGUUUUUCUAGUUUGAAACUGUAUGCAGUAAGUUUCAUGAGAAUAUCCUUAGAAAAUCGGUUUAUUUGGAAGUUCAACAAAUCAGUUAAAAGUAAGCAAUUUCUCAAAUUCAGGAGUAGCUUGAAAACCCAAGGUGUAUGUAGAACGGACAUGUGACUGUGUCCUCUGGUUUUUUAGGCCUCUCUCAUUCUUCUCAUGCCAUGCCCAUUGGGGUUUCCUUGUCCAGCAUAUGUGCCAUAAACAGGACAAGUAGAUCCAGAAUAUACCUCUAACAACCACUUUCUAAACAGGAUAUUAUAACUUGUCAGUUGUAUGCAUAGAUUUGUUUUAACAAGUCAAACACAAAUAUGAAUGCUUAUAACACUCUAUUCAUGUUUGAUCAUGCAUAAAUGUUACAUUUGUACACAGACAUGGCAGGCUAGAUAUACACACUGUAUCCUGUAAGUUCUGUUAAGUCAGGGCUUUGGCAACAUCAUUUUUUUAUGGACUCAUUUACUAUAUUUAGGAAUCAGAAUCAUUUCAGGAGAAAAGCAAGUAGACUUUUAUUCUCUCCUUCCUCCUUUAUGUCCUUUGAAAAACCCAAGUGGCAUCACCAUUUGAUUACCUACUACAAUUCAAUGAAUCAAGUCCUAUUCAUGAAAAGAAUGGAGUAGCUCUCAAGGCAGAGCUUUAUCUUAGACCUUUGGGGAUGUGCCUCCCAUGAAAAGAGCAUCAGAAAUUGAAGGCAAUUAUCUAAAUCACUUAGAUCUUCGAUAUAAAACUUUAGAUGGUAAGUUCUGAAUUAAGUAGUUAUCAGAUUUGAUUCUUAUUGUUGGGAGUGGAAACACAACCUAUAGCCUGCAGAAUUACCAUGUUCCAUAAAAUAUAAAUAUUUACUUCUCUUUAACUACUCAUCAGCUUGGAUGUUCAGGAAAGUCUAAAGAAAGGUUGCCAAAAUGCCUGGUUUUUGGAUUUGAACUGGUGGAUGCUAAGAAAGGCUUAGGGGAAAUUCAGUUUAUGGGGAGAUGUACUCUUGGUCAGUAAGGUCAGGGAUCCCAACAGCUGGUUAAUUAGGAAGUCUCAGAUCAUUUCCACCUGUGCACAGAGACAUAUGUCAUUUGCGAGUGUAUAUCUAGUCAAGAAGCCACUUUGGAGUCGGGUAGAAAAUCCCAUGGACACAAGGAGCCUGGCAGACUACAGUCCUUGGAGUUGCAAGAGAGUUAGACACAACUUAAUGACUAAGUAACAAUUCACCUACCGGAUCUCCAGAGGGAAACCCAAUCCUGCCCUGUUUUUGCAAAUACCACACUUCCGUUUGUUCCCAAUAGCAAAAGGUAUGGUACCAUAUUUCACUUUUGUCUGAAUCAAGGGUUCUGUUUGUGCUAUGUUUUCCGUACAAAGAGCGUUAGAGAAUUAAGGCAGUCAUCUAGAGCAUGCAGAUCUUCAUGAUCUGAACCAAGUAGCUGUUAGAAAUUCAGCAGUGAAUUCAAAUAGGUACCCACAUGUUCAGAGAGAAUUCUCUAUCAUUCAGACUCUUGAUAAACAAGCCUCAGCAGUUCUUGCCUGGUGUGAUGACUAAAUGCUCAGAAUUUAUACCCAGUGGAGGCGGCCAUUCCCACUUCAUUACUCUUCAGUGCUUGGGGCCAUACAGUCGCACGGGUUGCUGGUUGGGCUUUGCUUAUUUUCCAAAUAAAUUCAUUCCAAGCCAAGGAAAGGGACCAAGUGGGAUUUUCCAAUUAUAUAAUACUUGCUCUUUGAAUACAAUAUGAUGAUCCAGGAGCCUGAAAAAAUUAAGGUUAAAAGCAAAAGGCCUGAAGGAAUUUUGAAGUGAGAGUUUUAUAAAUCUAGUUGUCAAAGAAGAUAAAUGGUCUCAGUAUCUGGUAAUUUUGUCUAAAACCAAGAAGGGCCACUAAGCACCAACCCAGACAGGUUGCAUUAUUGGCAGGUUGGUCUCCUGGGAUGAAGUGAGUGCAAAGCUAUUCAGACAUCAGUUGCUUUUGAUUUUUUUCUGAAAAGAAAAUUCAACUUCCGCUCUUCCUUUUCCUCUCUUCUUAUUCCAGUGAUCAUUGUUGCUCAAUUUAGUAAAUGACCAUCCAAGUUAGUGCAAAGGUUGCUUUUAGAACAGAUGACAGGGAAUCUUAACUGAGUAGUAUCUAAUUUCAUAGCACAGCUAAUUUAGGAAAUAACAGAAAUAACAGAGAUGAGGAGAAAUAAUGCAGUUAGGAAGAGAAACAUUUGACUGAGACUCUGCCCAUUUUUAUUCAUACAACUUACACUAAUCACUUUACACAUGAGCACCAUUGGGGGAAAAAAAAAAAGACAGGCUAGAUUUAAUUAUUAAAACGCCCAUCCAUUCCUAAGAAACCACCAUAUAAUUAUCUCUGCUUUAACUUCUUUUUCUUGAGAGGCUUACUACUAUGAGUGCAUGCUAAGUCACUUCAGUUGUGUCCGACUCUUUGCAACCCUAUGGACCAUAGCCCACUAGGCUGCUCUGUCCAUGGGAGUCUCCAGGAAAGAAUACUGGAGUGGGUUGCCAUGCCCUGCUCCAGGGGAUCUUCCCCACCCAGAGAUUGAACCCACGUCUCUUAUGUUUCCUGCAUUGGCAGGCAGGUUCUUUACCACUGGCUCUGCCUGGGAUACUUACUUACUGCCAUAACACAUUACUUAUUUAUAUUGUAAGUCAGAGGAGCCCACAAUAAUGAAUAAUCAAUUUGGAUUUUUCUCAUCCCCUUUGGGAGAAAUUAAGUUCAAGCCUCUCUCUUCAUUUGAUGUCUUAGAACAAGCUUGGAAGAUGGCCAUGUUCAUCUACAGUUUGGUGUUUGGGAAUACAAACCAACCUCCUUUUACAAAACUGUCCUUUACUUAAUGUGCUCUCCUAGUAGAAAUAGCCAUUCAGCUCAGGGAAAAAUGCUGCCCCAGUCACCAUGAGGGGCCAGGAUGAAUCUGUGGCCUCCCUCAAGGUCUUGCAUCAUUCCUGCUGUAGCAACAGAGCCCACACUGAAUACCCAAAACACACAGUUUCCUCCAGACAGUCCUAAUUGCCAACCCAGUAUGGGAAUUUGGGAGCCUUUGGCAAAUCAACUUGAACACUCUUAUGAAAUUUGGUGCAAGGCUUACACAAUAACAGCAGCUGUCUGUAAAUACCUUCCUUUCCACCAGUACUCAGACACGCACAUCCACAUACAGGGUGGGAUCGAGCCAAGUCCUUUCUUUGGAAAGGUUUGCAGGGAUGUUUGAUUGAGUUCAUUUUCAAAAUUUCCUCUUGGUUUGUUUUCACUGUGGUCAUCCCAUCACAGGUGGAGAAGGUCUAUCUUACAAGAGUGGACUUGUAUUGGUGAUCCUAGAUCUUCUUCUAUGCCCAGAGUUUCUAAAGUGAAUAAGAUGCAUGGUCUGUCUGCAGGGGGCGUGUGACCAGCCAUGACCUUUGAACAAUCUCUUGAAUAUUAUCACUGCAAUGGGCUGCUGUUUGCAUCCUUGCUCUUUGUCCAAACUUCUGCUAAAUACAGAAUAGGAUUUGUAUUACUGUGCCACGAGCACUUUCAUUAACACAGACCUCAGCUCUGUAAACGUGGGGCAGAGAGUGUACAGCUAGUACUGAAAGGAUAGAGUUAGUUUCUGUUUGUUUAAAUUUUUCAUGCAGAAGACCUAACACCAGAGCAUCAAUAAAAUAUAUUUCUUAACUGACCCAUAUAAGAGCAUAUGAAAAAGUAAGAGAAGCCCUCAAGUUCUUGUUUCAUUCACUCUGAGUAACUACUGAUCAGCUUGCCUAUAUCCAGCCUUGCCUCACUUUCUUACCUCUGGAGCAUGUAUCCAUUUUGAUAUAUUUUAAAGUCCUUCUGAUUGUUAUACAGGGCCCUUUGGGGCUGAGGAUAAAGCCUGCUACUGAACAGAUCCCUGUACCUUGAAGAGUCAGCACUUGACCUAGAGCCCAGGUAACAACAGGUCUCCAAUUUCUCCAGAGACACCCCUCAUCCCUGGGUGAGUGUUAGAACGUAACUUAUGACCAUGACCAUUGUCAUCUUUCCCCGUGGAGGUGGGGAUGAUGCAGUGGGAGCCUCACUCCUUCUGGGGUUCUGUUUCUUCUCAUGGCAACCUUGUAAGCUGCCUAAAAACAGUCUGUUGCCUUUGGUAGGAGAGAAAUGCACACAUUAGCCUAGGAAGUUAGUUUAGCCUAUCUCUGAGGUUUCACCCCAUGGAGCGAGUUCUCUGAGAUGUAUAAUCAGAAAUCUGGUACUCUGGUUUCUUACUUCCCCAGGAGAGUUCUCCUUCUUACUCGGGUCUCAUCCUUUGGCAGCCAAAUCUUUCCAUAAAUGACCUUCACUCCUUCCCCCAGGAAAUCUCAGCAUUACAUUUCCAUGUUGCACAGGACAGACCAGGUUAUUUGGUCACUCUAGAGAUUUGUAUAUAAAAAGAUACUUUUGUGAGGAUUUUUGUAUAUUGUUUUUCUAUUUGUUUUCUAUGGCUCGAGGAGAGAGCUGGCAAACUGUGAAUCUAAUUUGAUCUUGCUGCCAGCAGACAUAUUUUGGCUUCCUGGUAAAACUUUAUGUUACCAAGGACAAUAUAUUGCCUUCUGAUCAGUAUUGUACCCUCCAAAAUUCACGGAUUCCUCCAAUCCAACCUUACAUUCUUAUUUAAACAAAUCCCUGGGCUUCUUUGCUGUUAUUUAUAAAAAGCAUGAGAAAACAUAUUUAGAGUCCUGGAUAGUGUAUAUUUAAUAUUGAUUUAGCCUUUAAUAAUGUUAUAUAGGUUUGUAUCUAUUCUUCAUAAACCAUAAAGAACUCAGUGUAGACUGAAUGGAUCUAUUUAGUAUCUGUAAUUUUGCAGACAGAUAUUUUCUUACAGUAUUUUCUAUAUAACCACAUAUGUAGAAUUACAACUAAUUCAAGCACAAGACAUUUCUACAGCAAUUUAGAGCUGUCAUUGUUUCCUGAGCAUACAGUCACAUUUGAAAAAUGUAAAAACCCAGUCCUUUGCGAUGCAAUGAACAAAAUGACCAUUAAAAACAAAGAGUCAGUUAAAUCCUUUAGCUGGUUAGGAUAUGUAUAAUAUUUAAACAAUUAGGCUUUUUAACUCAAGGAAUGGUGCUGACUCUUUAUUUUUGAUACCACGUCUUGUUUUUCCACCUAAGCAUUCUAAUUUUGCUUUUCUCCAAGAACAUGAAAAAUAAGAUGAUAAUAGUGGAAUCCUUCCUAAUAAUUUAUGUGAAAAUUGGCUUAGGAAAACUUUGGAUAGCAGAGAUUGAGGGUGAGUGUGAGGAAGCCAAUCAGUACAGAUUUGUUGCAGUUCAUUCUUGCCAAGCAAAUUGGUAGUAAAUGUCACAUUGUUAAGUGAAUUGAGCACAUAUUUUUAAGGUUAAAAGAAAACACAUUAGUACCAGCUGUGAAGCAAUACUCUAUCAAUGGGGCUUAGAGUCUCACUGAAAUUAUUCAGAAGCAGCCCAGGUAGAUUCUGUCCUCAGGUGAGUAGCAAUCUAUGUAAAUUUCCCCCAAAGGCAAAUCAAUAAUCACUGCAAAGACAAGGAAGGGUCUUCCUUCCGCCAAACACAGUUUCUGAUAAUAUGAUUGUAGGGCUAGUAUUUUUGCUAUGUUUUAGGAAAUAGAUACAUAGAAAGUGUACUGGUGUGUAUUUAAAUCCACUCCUCAUUAAGCAAUCAGAUUAGAUGUGCCCUCAACUGGCAACAAUUAUAUCUGUGAUUUUCAAGUACAGAUAGCUGUCAAGCAUGAAGUUCUUGUGUAUACACAGUAACACAUGGUUCACGCAUGAAGAAAAGUGCCUAUGCACUUUGUGUAGCUAUAAUGUAGAUAUCUAUGUGUAAUUUCAGUGAAAUGGUAUAUAGAUGUAUUGUAAUUUAAUUUAAAUGUUAUUUUUGGCUGUUUAUCUAAGUGCAGUAGACAUGUUGAUUAAUGUUUUGAAAAUCCUUCUUUUCCUUCUUAGAUAGCUAGUGGUAAAUCAUUUCUCCUCUUUCUUAAAGUGACUUGGGAAUGUAUAUCAGUGAAGAACUUAUCUGUGAAUCCUUUGUACUGAUGAUUGGUUGAAAGUCUGUGUGUAUCCAGUAUCUUUGUAAAUAUGUGAUUCAGGGCAAGGGGGUGUUGGAUAUGUGUCAUGAUUCUUAGUCAAAGGUCAUCUGAUGUCUAUGUAGUGCCCAGUGAAUACAUCUGUGGAACUUUUGAUUAUCUAGGCCUAGGUAGAUUUAGAACAAGGACAUUUAUCUGCAGCCAAGACAUUUGUAUUUGUUGAUGAAUUGAGCUCAAAGAGACGAAAGGUUCAUCUGCUGAGCAUAGGCAUGUUAGCAUUAUGUCUAUAGGUUAAAGGUCUGCUUCUUUGGUUGCCAAAUACCGAUCAUCAUGCUCAUGACUUAAAGGUUGUGAAGAGCCUUGUCCCUCUUGGUUUCUUGAGUUGGGGUACAGGAAAGACAUUCACUAACUGCCAUGCAGGUAAAAUCCCAUGAAAGCACACUUCUGGUAGUAAAUUGCACAGCUGUCUCUAGAAAGAGCAUGAGAAGCACAAGCAUGGUCAGUAUACUCUUGGGGGAUUGCAAAAAAAACAGCUAGUGAAGCACAGAUCCCGCAUAUGUGAAGGGAGUAGGACCUCUAGCUUCUAGGCUUUGUGUGUGUGUUUCAAGUGUUUGAAGAGAAGGUUAACUAAUGCAAUUAUAUACUUGCCUCCCAAACACACAUUCUAAUUAUCACUGAGUUGAAUGCUAUGAGGUCUAUAGCUCCUGUAUCCCCCUUUUCCUUCUUUAAGGACAGAGAAAAAUGACCAUGUGCAGCUGGGAACACUGAGUGUUCCUCUCUUUUCACAAGAAAUGUGAAGCUUAGGAGAUCCUCUGAGGGCACAAAUCAUGUUAAUUUUCAGUGUCUACUCCAGAGAUUGGAGUGAAAGGAUGCAAGUGUGAACAGGCACAUUUUUUUUUUUCUUGAAAAUGUGGCUUCUUCAACUUGUGUCAUAUUCAGGAUGGAAACCUUACUGAAAGAAAUCUAGCCUUUAGGUAGAAUUCCCUUUGAAGAUUCUUGUGUGUGUCCAGAAUGAAAGAUAAGAGUAAUUGUUUCCCUCACAUUCACAAUCCUCAUUGAUCUAAAGUCAUGUAACGUAGAGCAUCUAUAGCACAUGGGUUUAAUGAAUGAAAAAAGAUAAAAAAUUUCAACUAAUUUUGGGGUUGUUUCUUACAUAUGGUACUAGGAAAUGCCUUGUUGGCAAAGCACAUAUUGGGUAUUUGAAGUAUUUUACUUUCACCUUUAGCUUUCUUACAAUGUGGACUGAUUACUGUAACAUUACAUGUGUAAAAUAACUGGAUAUUCUUUAUAUACUGGAAAUAAUCUUUAAAUCCAAUAUUUCACUAAGUGUUUUAACUUUUAUGUAUAUAUCUCUCAUUAAUAAAUGUGGAUUCCAAUUUC